AUGGUGCGCUUCGACAAGUUGCUCGGGCCGGACGCGACGGCGGCACGUCGGCUUUUAAUACUGCAGAUCGCCUGCGCGUGCCUGUUCGCUCGGGUAAGUCCAUAAACUGUUGUUGUUGGUUUUUUUCCGACAUUAUUACCGGAGUUCGCGUCCGCGGACUUUUUCCCCCCGGGGUGACGAGGGGGGGGGGGAGGGGCAAACGUGAUUUGCGAAAAUAAACGGCGAUUUCGAUUUUCGUAAAUUAAAUCCUUGACUUUAACGAGUUUCACAAUUCGUUCUUAGUGACUGUUUAUCGCCGUUCUUGGACGUGCAAUACAAAUAUCUACGAUUUGUGAUUUUGUCCCGGCACCGGUUUCAUUAAUAUCACCAUCGUCAUCCCUUUUCACCCGUACUGAUUAUUUCAUACGUCGAGUUUUUAAAACGGCCUUUUGCUUUUAGCGGCGAAACGAGCGAAAUUUAUUGCGUUUUACUGUUUGCUUUUUUUUUUUGAUUUUCUAUCAGUCGAUUCCGUUUUCAUGUUAAAAAAUAUUUCGGCUGAUGUGAUAUUACAGUAAUAUAAUCAUAACAGAUUCACUGUCAUCUGUCACACACACCACACACGGCGAGCACCCCAAUAGUAUCAGUAUAGCGUGUACAAGGUUUGAAUAAAUAAAACAACUUAUAACUUUUAAUGACUUUCAAGUAUUAAUCUGUUAUAAUUCAUUGCUUAUUGGAUAUGUACAACCAUUGUUAUUUUGUUCAAGUCACGAAAACCUUCGUCACUAAAUUAUAAAAGUAAUGCACGUUGAAGUACUGUACUUUUAAGCACUGAACAGUAUAUGGUUUUAACUUUUAAGUUGGCAGAUGAUAAAGUUAAAAUCGAAAAUUAAACUGACUAUUAACUUUUUCGCGUUAACGCAUACUAACUUGACUUAACUGAGUUGCAAAAAUAUCAUUAACUUGCCCAGCCUUGAAAACAAUACCGUUUAUCCCGCGUGUUUGUUGCAUAAUCAACGAGUUUUUACUGCGCUUUCUAAGCGGACAUUUCAGCAUUUUUUUCAGAUCAUAUAGUCUCGUCAUAUUUAACAGGCUUUUUCAGUGCAUGAACUUAAACAUCGAGAACCCAGAAUUCAUUAUCUGUCCAUUAAUAAUCAGGAACACGUACCCAGUUUGGAAUACAUAUAUAAAAAAAAAAAAAAAAAUCAUUUUUCACAUUUUUAAUAAGUUUUUAUAUAAAACUUUAGUAUGAGUGCUAUUUUCGGGUAUGUACACGCUAAGGGGGACGGAGUUUUCAACCCCCAAAGCCCCCUGCCCCCAUUGUGUUCACGUCUCGCACUCCGAUAACGAUUCACACGUUUCAGGUAAAAUGCGGAACGCGUGUUCUGGAAAAAGACGACGAUAACAAUAAUAUGACUAGUCGACAAACGUAUUAUCGUCCAAAUGGCGGCGGCGCCUCGUGUCAUCAGGCCCAGGAACAGCAAGUAGUCGACGUCGACGGACGUCACCCGAACGGAUGGACCGGAGACUUCCAGGAGGGCGAUCGUUCGCCGAUAAUAUUGUCGAGCAAAGCGCCGGUAACGAUCAAUUACAAAAUGGAACCCGGAGCCGCGCGUCCGUGGCCCGCGGGAAUCCCGUGCGGUUCCAUGCAUUCCAGCCCGAUCAUUUUGACGUCGAACGGACGGGUGACGGUGAACUACAACGGCCGAGAAACGCCGGGGGCGUGUGCGUCCGCGCCUCCGCCGCCGCCGUCGGCCGACAACAGUUGCGGCAAAGACAUUUGCCUGUUGACUAAAACGUUCGCGCAACUGCCCAGCGGCGUCGUGAUGCCGUAUUUGAAGUUCAAAACCAUUAGCGGCUAUCUGCCGGACGACCAAAAGGCCGACGUCCGGAUCAUUCUGGACAACCAAAACAUGACGUACCAGCAGUUCCGGGAAACGCUACGGUAUUACGGUUGUAACGACGCCGCGGAAGACGAGCGGACAGCGGACGCGGACGCCGCCGUCGACCACGUGACGUUGUCGGACGGCACGCGCGUGAAAACGGACGACUACCGGAACGUGCUGGCCAGCAUAGCGCGCGGCUCGGAAACGUUGACCGUGCCGGGCGUUUUCAGCGGGAAAUAUUCGGCGCUGCGCUCGCUGUUGGCGUACGGACUGCCUGAGCUGAUGCCGUCGGCGUUCGUCGUCACGCCCGCGUCCGUCAUCGUGCCGUUUCCGCUGUACCGCGCCGUGGAGACCGAACACUUUCAACGGUCGCCGGACGACUGCGGCCGCGCCGGCCUCGGCGGCGCGGCCGGCCGCUUACGCUGGCACGAUGGCCGAACGGUAGCCGCGCAGACCGUGCGGGACGUAAUCGACGCGCUGAAAUCGCCCGGGCAAAUCAGUUACGUGUUCCCGGACAGGCGGCGCAUACCGUACGUCCCGGACGGCAAGGAAGAGCCGCGGGAGAUGUACGAGUGCGACCCGCACAGAAUCACGGUCGACAUUGGCGGACGCGAGAACGUGGAACUGUCGAUUUUCAACGACAUCGCGUCCGCGGCGCACGUCCCGGACGACAGUCACGGCGGUAAGUACAACAGAUACGAAAUCGCGUUGUCCGGCAAUCGGACGCAAACGCCCGGGGUUGACCGACACACGGACGGGCCGGACGACAAAUGUAUUAGACGACGUACGGACGAUUCGUGUUACGUAAUACGUAAAACGAACGACCGCCGCUUUCCGACCGAACCCGUGACGAAUGACGUAGCGAAACGAACGACGAAAAUCGAACCCGCAUUACUUGUCGAUGCUUCGGCAAACCGUAUUGUGGGGUCGACGAACGGAUCGAAAACCGCGAACGUCCGAACUAACGCCGACCGAAAUCCGAUUACUUGCUGUUCUUGUUGUACACAAAAUCCGAUUGACGACACUACUACUAUUACUUCUACAGCCACUACUGAAAUUCCGAUUGUCGGUAAUAUUACCGCUACAGAAAUUCCGAUUAAUAUUAAUAACAAUAUCACGACUACCGAAAUUCCGAUUGUCAGCAAUAAUACUACUACCGACGUUCCAACCACCAAUAAAACUACUCCUACUUCUACUGUAAUUCCGACUGUCGGCAAUAACAAUACUAGUACUACUAUAAAGCCGAUUACUUGUACUUGCAGCUGUACACAAAACCCAAUUAACGACAACAAUAAUAAUACUACCUCUACUACCGAAAUUCCGAUUGUCAGUAAUACUACUACUACCGACACCCCAAUCACCAAUACAACUACUGCUGCAACUACUUCUACUUCUACUGCAAUUCCGAUUGUCAGUAACACUACUAUUACUACUACAGAAAUUCCGGUUGUCAAUAAUAUCACUACAACUACCAACAUCCCAACCACUAAUAAUACUUCUACUUCUAUCACAACUGAAAUUCCAACCGUCAGUAAUAAUACGAUUACCACUACAGAAAUUCCGAUUGCCAUUAACACUACAACAACAACAACUACUACUACUACUACCUCUACAACCGGCAUCCCGAUCGUCGGUAAUGCUAAUACUACCACUACUACAGAAAUUCCGAUUGUCAAUAUCACUACAACUACCAAUAUCCCAACCACUAAUAAUACUUCCACUUCUAUCACAACUGAAAUUCCAAUUAUCAGCAAUAAUACCAUUUCCACUACAGAAAUUCCGAUCGCCAUUAACGCAACAAGUACUAUUACUCCUACUACCUCUACCACCGAAAUUCCAAUUGUCAGAAAUAAUACUACUACCGACAUUCCAACCACCAAUACAACUACUCCUACUUCUACUGUAAUUCCGACUGUCGGCAAUAACAAUACUAGUACUACUAUAAAGCCGAUUACUUGUACUUGCAGCUGUACACAAAACCCAAUUAACGACAACAAUAAUAAUACUACCUCUACUACCGAAAUUCCGAUUGUCAGUAAUACUACUACUACCGACACCCCAAUCACCAAUACAACUACUGCUGCAACUACUUCUACUUCUACUGCAAUUCCGAUUGUCAGUAACACUACUAUUACUACUACGGAAAUUCCGGUUGUUAGUGAUAUUACUACAACUACUAACAUACCGAACGCUAAUUCUUCUACGUCUAUCACAACUGAAAUUCCGAUUGCCAUUAACACUACAACAACUGGUACUACUCCUACUGCCUCUACUACCGAAAUUCCGAUUGUCAGUAAUACUACUACUACCGACACCCCAAUCACCAAUACAACUACUGCUGCAACUACUACUUCUACUGCAAUUCCGAUUGUCAGUAACACUACUAUUACUACUACAGAAAUUCCGGUUGUCAAUAAUAUCACUACAACUACCAACAUCCCAACCACUAAUAAUACUUCUACUUCUAUCACAACUGAAAUUCCAACCGUCAGUAAUAAUACGAUUACCACUACAGAAAUUCCGAUUGCCAUUAACACUACAACAAGUAAUAUUACUUCUACUACCUCUACUACCGAAAUUCCGAUUGUCAGCAAUUAUACUACUACCGACAUUUCAACCACCAAUACAACUACUCCUACUUCUACUGAAAUUCCGAUUGUCAGUAACACUACUACUACUACUACAGAAAUUCCGAUUGUCAAUAAUAUCACUACAACUACCAAUAUCCCAACCACUAAUAAUACUUCUACUUCUACCACAACUGAAAUUCCGACCGUCAGUAAUAAUACGAUUACCACUACAGAAAUUCCGAUUAAUAUUAAUAACAAUAUCACGACUACUGCAAUUCCAAUUAUCAGCAAUAAUACCAUUACCACUACAAAAAUUCCGAUCGCCAUUAACGAUACAACAACUUGUACUACUACUACUGCCUCUACUACCGAAAUUCCGAUUGUCAGCAAUAAUACUACUACCGACAUCCCAACCACCAAUACAACUACUGCUGCAACUACUUCUACUUCUACUGCGAUUCCGAUUGUCAGUGACAUCACUACUACCACUACAGAAAUUCCGAUUGUCAAUAAUAUCACCACAACCACCAACAUCCCGACCACUAAUAAUACGUCUACUUCUACUACAACUGAAAUUCCAAUUAUCAGCAAUAAUACCAUUACCACUACAGAAAUUCCGAUUGCCAUUACCACUUCAACAACUGGUACUACUACUACUACGACUACUACUACCUUUACAACCGACAUUCCGAUUAUCGGCACUACUACCACCGAAACCCCGAUAAACUGUAGUAACAACGUUACAAUUACCGGAAUUCCGAUUGCCGGUAAUAACAAUACUAGUACUGCCACAAAGCCGGUUACUACUUGUACUUGUGCACAACGUCCGAUCGACAAUGAACACAGUACCGCUGCUAUCACUACUACUGGAAAUGUGAAUGCUAAUGACAACGCAACUCAAACUCCGUACUUAACCGAAACAAUCAACAGCCCAAUCAAUAAACCCGGGUCGCACGCCGAUUCGAAAAUCAUUAACAUAAUCGUGUACAAAUAA